AUGGCGUGGUACUCUAUUCUUCCACCAGAGCUCACCCACCUCGAGAGCUGGGUAGUGAGCUUCUUUGUGAGUUACCCUUACCACCGCCGGCGAUCAAACCCCUUCUCUAUGACGCAGUCGCUCAUGUACCCCGGAUUUCCACAGUUCUUCCUCGGUGUCGUCACCAUCGGCCCCUGGGCAUUCCUCGUACUUCUCGAUGCUACUAUAUGGAUAUAUCGAAUGAUUAUCUGGGAUUUCCCAUGGAUCGGGGGACGCGCACGCGGUCGGCAACGUCCUCGCGCGCCGAGCCUGAACGCACGCCCAGGCGGGCAGCGGAGGGCGUUUGGUCUGCGCGGUGUGGAGACUGAUACCGGUGGUAGUGAUGGGGAUGAUCGAGAUGGGGGUUCGGACCCUGGCAAGAGGGCUCGCUCUGACUCUCGAAAGAAUGACGUGAGCCCCGUUCGCAGGUCAAUCCCCCAUGCGAGUGGGGGUGGGAUAUUGAAACGAAGAAGCUCGGGGCAGCUAUAA